GCAUUUGUAAGGACGCACCAUGUUGUCUGUCGUCGCUAGACCUCUGAGCAAAGCAGUCACUGGUGCCUUGAGUAAAGCUACGGUCGCAAUGGCAGACGCUCUGGCUAAAGUCCCCGAUGUGGAGAUUGAUCCAGAGGGAACCUAUAAGUACAUACUGGUCAGAGUGAAAGUCAAAGAUGGCGAUGUGCAUAAAGACAUAGUACGAGGCACAAAAAAUGCAGAGUAUCACAAUCAUAUAUUUGAGAAGGUCAGUCCAGCUAUGGAGGCCCUGGGGAUGGAGUGUAAAUGCCUUGGUGGAGGGAAGAUAGAGCACAACAGCCAAGAGAAAAAACUAAGGGUGUUUGGAGAAUCAACUGCAUUUGGUAAAGCAGACCAUUCUGUGUCUGCAGAGAAGUUGAAGAGUGCCUUCAGUGACUAUGAGAUCACCUGGUCUGAUGACAAAAAAUAGGGUAGAAGAAAAGUGUAAACUUAUUUAAAAUGAGAUGUGUCUUUAUUUGUUAAUACAAAAACUACAUCAUAAUUGACCCUUCUGUACAACCAUCAUUUCAUUCAAAUACAUCAUUCUGCAUUUAA